CUGUGUUUACUGCUCUUUAAGCUGAGCUGGCUGUUUGGCUGUUCGGCUGCUGGGGACUCGCUGUGCACUUGCUGUUCCUGCCUGUGUGGACCACUUUUCCUGAGUGGGAUCUACCUUUAAACCAUCACACACACCGAGUGGACGGCACUUUAGUUUGCUAUCCACAUUUUUCCGCCAGUUAACCGCCAGUUUCAACAAAGGGAGCUGCCAAAAUCGACGCCAUGGAUCCCGCCAGCCAAGAUAUCAACCUGAACUCUCCUAACAAGGGUCUUGGCGUGGAUCGCUCCGACAGCCUGUCCGACGUGCCGGUGGAGGGAGCGGUGGGGAACUCGGCCAACCCUCUCCCCCCCGGCCUCACAGAGGAGGAGGCCGAGGAGCUUCGCAUUGAGCUCACCAAGGUGGAGGAGGAGAUCAACACCCUGCGUCAGGUUUUGUCAGCCAAAGAGAAACACGCCACGGAGCUGAAGAGGAAACUGGGCCUGAGCCCGCUCAAUGAACUCAGACAGAAUCUCACCAAGGGCUGGCAGGACGUCCAGACCUCCAACGCAUAUCUGUCUGCCUCAGCCACUUUGGAUGACAUUACCCACUCUGAAGCAUAUAAGAAGACUCAGGAGACUCUUUCCCAGGCCGGUCAGAAGACCACCGCAGCUCUCUCCACAAUGGGCACUGCCAUCAGCAGGAAACUGGGCGACAUGAGAGCUCUGCCUUUCUCUAAUUCCUUUGGUAGCAACUAUUCCAUUCGCCACUCGAUAAGUAUGCCGGCCAUGAGGAAUUCUGCAACCUUCAAGUCAUUUGAGGACAAAAUGGGGAACCUCAAGGCCAAGGUUGAAAAGCAGUAAAUACAGAGAGGAAGGCGGUUAUAAGGUGGUUGGACCCAAAGGGAACGGCGAGGCCGUCAGCUCCCCCACCAGCACCACCCCCACUCAGGAGAACCCGCCUUUCUGAACGCACCCCUCCUCCUCCUCCUCCUCCUCUCUGCUGCCACCUUCCUCACGACCCGAGACUGUACCGUCAUCACCUCAUACUACCGAGUCACCCCUGACCUUUGACCCUGCACUACGCCACAGCACCACCACCACCGACCACCUGCCCCAAUGUCUAUAAAUGUCGAGGCUGACGGGCGGAAGUGAGCGACUCGUGGGUUUGAGGUGGGACCGGCGCUCCCGUUCGGUCCCGUCGCUGCUGGUCCCACGGUCACCAGACUUCCGCCUCGCUGUCGAGGAAAACCGACCGCUCUGUCGUUGUUUGACUUCGCCUGAAUAAUCUAUAGACCUUGCAUACUGACCGCCUCGUUACAACACCACGUCCUGCAUCCACUUCCUCCCCAGUCAGAGCCCUGCCUCGCCUUUGUUCAGCCUCCCAUCCAAAUUGAUCGUCACUCUUGCCUCCUGUGCCCUUCAGACGCCUUUUUAACCAGGCCAUCAAAAAAUAUUUCAUUUUAAGCCAAGCACCUGGCUAAAUAACAGCAAAUAAAGAAGAUUUCAGGGCUUCUUUUGUUAUUUUUUUUUUCCACCUGAGACCCGAAUGAGUAGUUAAAAGUGUCUCAUUCUGAGACUCAUUAAAACUUCUGCCACAGGGAUUCACCGUAAGCUAACCCUGUAAUGAGAGUUUAGGAAAACAGGAUUUCUGGAUAUCCUGGUAGUGGGAGGAAUUGAGGAAUAUCGACAAGAAUGGUUUAUCGAUCUUGAUGGGCUUUAUGCUGCUUAAACCUGCAGUUUCUGUUUUGUUUCCUGCUACGGUCAUCGACUCUAAUCAUGCAGUCAUGCCGCGAGCCACUGGAGAAAUCAGCCAGUUGAAGUUUUAUUUUGUCCAACCACACAAACGCUGGCUGACGUUAGCUGCAGUCACCUUUUUAUUUAUUUGCUGCUGAAAUUUCAGCUGCAGCCGGACUGUUUUUUACACCUCCAGUCGCAGAGCAUCUUUGGCGCUGCAGCUCAUAAGCAGCUGGCCUCACAGGCGGCUGACGCUGUGAGUGCAGGCUAACGCUGACAGGGAGCAGGUUAGCGGUUUGACUGGGGACGCGAUCCAGCACAUCUCAUCUUCCUAUAGGCCUACUACUGCUACACGCAUGUGCAUAUCUCAGUUGUACAUAACAACCAUGCAAAGAUGACAAAAGUCUCGUGUAACACCUUAAAAAAAAAAACCCAGGAUGUAAAAAAAAAAAUAAUAAUAAUAAUAAAAGGAAAGAAAAAAACAAACCAUUUUGUAUUAUAAACUAUUUUACACUGCUUUGCAUAAUGUUUUUACAUAACUUUUAUCUAUAUGUAUAAAUAUAUAUGAAUAAACUAUAUUGUAACCGAUGCUGCUGAUUGGUAGUAAUCGGCUUGGUAGGUUAAAAAGGGGAGGUGAGAUAAACUAACAGUGGGCGACACAAAGAAACACUAGUGGUGGCUUCCACAGGCCGACUAUGAAUUUAGGUUUUCCAUUGAAAAGCGGCUUCAUCGUCUAAAAAAAAAAAAAAGGUUGACUCGCCUGUUGAGCGUAAACGAUCUGCAGUUGUUUUGUACCCGUCUGGGCACAAGAUGGAGGCAAACGCUGCAGGUGAAUUGGUUUCACUUGAGAAAUGGAGGUGCGUUUGAUUUAACGUGCAGCGGCAUGUAAACGCCAACAUUUGAAACGCUUUGACACCUCUGACUGACUUUUUUCUCUUUCUUUUCCUUUUUUUUUGUUACCCUGGUUUGACUCCUGGUCCUUUUUCUUUUUGUUACGACACAGAAAAACAAUGUGAGACGAUGCUUUGCUGUGUAUACUACCUGGUGAAUGUCAAUGCUCUCUAUCGGCCUUACUCACUGUAAAACGCUUCAUCCGUUGUUCUGAUUUAGCAGGUAGAAAGGAAACAAUUCAUUGUUUUCUCUUUUCUGUUCCUUUUCAAGUUGUACAGACAGGGUCGACGGAAGGGGAGGGGGCUUGACUCGUUCAAAAAGUUUAGAGUCUGAUGUGAUGCUACUUGUGCCGCAUGCCGAAAACUGUCUACUGGAAAAUGUCUCUUUGCCAUAGUGGAAACCUCGAGCCAAAACCCCAUCUCACACACACACACACACACACACACACACAAAUGCACUCCUUUUAACACCCCAGCACUAAAUGCAUCAUCACCUGAUUGUGAACAGCCUUGCGUGAAGCCAAACUCACCAAAAAAAAAGAAAAAUUACCAUUUGCCAAUGUUGCUCUUGCCUUUGUGCACUUAACCUGCGUCUCUCCACACACACACACACACACGCACAGCACAUACAGCUCUGCAACAGCUCUGACAAACUACUUGGCCUCGAAAACCGUGAUUUUAAAGCUGACCCAAUAAAAAUUACAAAUAGUAUGGUAGCACCGUCACUUUUUUUUUUUUUUUUAAAAAUCUGAACAUGAAGAAGUA